GCGGCGCGUUGCAUAACCGUGCGACGGCACUCCGCGCGCGAUCCCGCUCCGAGCGCCCGCCGCGAGCGCGUCACACGCGCAAACACGCGCAACGUCGCGCCCUUUACGUAACGCGCGACCAUCGCGCGCGAUCCCGCGACUCAUCAACGAUCGCCUGAAAGGAUAAGGUCGGACAUGAAAAAUCUCGCUCAUUUGCUGGCUGUCCCUAUCAGCGAGUACGUGGUGACGUUCAUCUCUUUAGUAGCCGCGGCCACACUGCUCACGAGGACGACAGGAGGGCGCUCCGCCCGUAGGUGGUCGGCGGGAGAACGCGGGCGCAGAGUGUACUGCCGCACGCGCUUUCCCUACCACACACACCCGCCCAUUCACUGUUAGCAGUAGGCAGUUUACUCGGGGGGAGUUCGAUAGACAAUGUCCGAGGACUUGGACUCGAUCAGCGAGGAAGAACAAAGCUUGUUCCGACCCUUCACCCGAGAGUCAUUGGCCGUAAUCGAGGCCCGCAUAGCUGAAGAGCAUGCCAAGCAAAAAGAACUUGAGAAAAAACGAGCGGAAGGCGAGACCGAUUUGGGGCGGACGAAAAAGAAAAAAGAAGUGCGGUACGACGAUGAGGAUGAAGAUGAAGGUCCCCAACCAGACGCGACCUUGGAGCAGGGCCUGCCGCUGCCGGUGCGGAUGCAAGGCUCCUUCCCUCUCGAACUCGCCUCCACACCACUCGAGGACAUCGAUCCUUUCUACCACAACCAAACAACAUUCGUAGUCAUAAGCAAGGGUAAAGAUAUCUUCAGAUUUUCGGCGACUAAUGCCUUGUGGAUACUGGAUCCAUUCAAUCCAAUAAGAAGAGUGGCCAUAUAUAUAUUAGUGCAUCCUUUAUUCUCUCUGUUCAUUAUUACCACAAUCCUUGUGAAUUGUAUACUCAUGAUAAUGCCUACCACACCAACUGUCGAAAGUACUGAAGUUAUCUUUACCGGCAUCUACACCUUUGAAUCGGCGGUGAAAGUAAUGGCCAGGGGUUUCAUACUACAGCCAUUCACAUACCUUAGAGAUGCAUGGAAUUGGCUUGACUUCGUAGUUAUAGCUUUAGCUUAUGUGACGAUGGGCAUAGAUCUCGGCAACUUGGCCGCUCUAAGAACGUUCAGAGUUCUCCGAGCUUUGAAGACUGUGGCCAUCGUACCGGGCUUGAAGACUAUUGUCGGUGCGGUAAUAGAAUCGGUGAAAAAUCUUCGGGAUGUGAUUAUAUUGACGAUGUUUUCACUAUCUGUGUUCGCACUUAUGGGUCUGCAAAUCUAUAUGGGGGUUUUGACACAGAAAUGUAUUAAAGUCUUCCCGGAAGACGGUAGUUGGGGUAACCUCACUGAUGAGAACUGGGAAAGAUUUUGUCAAAAUGAAACAAAUUGGUACGGUGAAGACGGAGACUAUCCCCUUUGUGGAAAUUCAUCAGGAGCAGGACAGUGUGAACCAGGCUACAUAUGUUUACAAGGCUAUGGACCAAAUCCUAACUACGGAUAUACGAGUUUCGAUACUUUUGGUUGGGCUUUCCUAUCAGCUUUUCGACUCAUGACACAGGACUAUUGGGAAAAUCUGUAUCAACUGGUGCUAAGGUCGGCGGGUUCAUGGCACGUCUUGUUCUUCGUAGUGAUCAUUUUCUUGGGCUCAUUUUACCUCGUCAACUUGAUUUUGGCCAUUGUCGCCAUGUCAUAUGAUGAGUUACAAAAGAAAGCUGAAGAAGAGGAACAAGCCGAAGAAGAAGCCCUUAGGGAAGCGGAGCAAAAAGCGGCAGCUAGAGCGGAUAAGCAGGAAGCCAGGGAAGCCCACGCUCGAGAGCAGGCUGCUGCGGCAGAGGCGGCAGCUUACGCCGAGGCACAUCCUGCUAAAUCUCCCAGCGACUCUUCCUGUCAGAGCUACGAGCUGUUCGUGAACCAGGAGCGCGGCAACCAGGACGACAAUACGCGCGAGCGCAUGUCCCUCCGUAGCGACCCCUUCCAGGACUCGGUGAGCACUCAGCCCACGCACAAGCCCACCGCCAACGAAUCGCACCACGAACCGGCACGCCGACAGAGGAAGGUCAGCAUGGUUCCCCACCCUGAACGCAUAAAUAAAUACGGACAGUUGUCAUAUGGGCCACUGCGCGAAGGCUCACAGGCUUCAUUGUCACUCCCUGGAUCACCGUUCAAUUUACGCCGAGGGUCUCGUGGAUCGCACCAAAUGGCUCUUAGACCGAACGGAAGAAAUCGAUAUCCACCCGGAGCUGAUCGAAAACCACUAGUUCUUUCAACAUACUUGGAUGCACAGGAACAUCUGCCAUACGCUGACGAUUCAAAUGCUGUUACGCCAAUGUCUGAAGAAAAUGGUGCUAUAAUUAUACCUGUCUACUAUGCCAAUUUAGGUUCGAGACAUUCUUCUUACACGUCGCAUCAAUCUCGAUUGUCGUACACUUCACACGGUGACUUAUUAGGUGGAAAAGCGCAAACGAAAGAAGCAAGGCUAAGAGGACGAUCUGCAUCCAGAAAUCACAGCGUAACGUCACAACCGCAUGCCUACCCACUGCCAAGACAAGAUUCGUCGCUCGCAUCUAGACCGCUUAGAGAAUAUGAAAUAAGCACAACGGAAUGUACAGAUGAGGCUGGCAAAGUGUUAAAACAAUCUAACGACAACCCUUUUAUAGAGUCGCAGCAGCCCAACGUUGUAGAUAUGAGAGAUGUAAUGGUACUAAAUGAAAUUAUCGAACAAGCCGGGAGACAAAGUAGAGCUAGUGAGCAAAACGUGUCAGUGUACUACUUCCCAACAGCCGAAGACGAUGAGGAUGGACCCACCUUCAAAGAAAGACUCCUUGAGUGCUUAAUGAAAGGAAUAGACUUCUUUUGUGUAUGGGACUGCUGUUGGUUAUGGUUGGAGUUCCAAAAAUACGUGGCUCUUCUGGUGUUCGACCCGUUCGUAGAACUGUUCAUCACGUUAUGUAUUGUGGUCAACACUUUGUUUAUGGCCUUGGACCAUCACGAUAUGGAUAGAGAUAUGGAAAAAGCGCUGAAAAGUGGCAACUAUUUUUUCACCGCUACCUUUGGUAUUGAAGCCAUGCUAAAAUUAAUAGCUAUGAGUCCGAAAUUUUAUUUUCAAGAAGGUUGGAACGUUUUUGAUUUCAUCAUCGUGGCCUUAUCAUUAUUAGAAUUGGGUCUGGAAGGUGUACAGGGUUUGUCUGUGUUACGUUCAUUUCGUUUGCUUCGAGUAUUCAAAUUGGCAAAGUCAUGGCCGACACUUAAUUUACUCAUCUCUAUAAUGGGUAGGACGAUGGGUGCCUUGGGCAACCUGACCUUCGUAUUGUGCAUCAUUAUUUUCAUAUUUGCCGUGAUGGGUAUGCAACUAUUCGGGAAAAAUUAUGUUGACUAUGUAGACCGUUUUCCGGACGGAGAUCUUCCCCGUUGGAACUUCACCGACUUCAUGCACAGCUUCAUGAUAGUCUUUCGAGUACUAUGUGGAGAAUGGAUAGAAAGCAUGUGGGAUUGUAUGCUCGUUGGAGACGUAUCCUGCAUACCAUUUUUCUUAGCUACCGUUGUCAUUGGCAAUCUUGUGGUUCUCAACCUCUUCUUGGCCCUGUUACUGUCAAAUUUUGGAUCAUCAAACUUAUCGUCGCCGACGGCCGAUCAAGACACCAACAAAAUAGCUGAAGCAUUCAACAGAAUAUCGAGGUUCAUAGAUUGGGUUAAAAAGAACGCAGCAGACGUCUUGAAGUUGGUGAAAAAUAAACUCACAAACCAAAUAGCCAUACACGCUCCCGAACGGGUGGAUAACGAGCUCGAAUUAGGUGCCGACCUCGAUGACGGAGUACUGUAUAAAGAUAAGAAACUAAAAGACCAAGUAGAAGUAGCAAUCGGUGACGGAAUGGAAUUUACAAUACCAGGUGACAAUAAGUACAAGAAAGGUAAAAUACUAAUGAACAAUAUCAAUGCAAUAACGGAUAACCAUACGGACAAUAGAAUUAAUUGUGAUCUUAAUCAUCACGGGUACCCCAUUCAGGACGAUGAUACUAUAAGUCAGAAAUCAUAUGGAAGUCACAAAAUUAGAUCAUUUAAAGAUGAAAGUCACAAAGGUUCAGCUGAUACGAUCGACGGUGAAGAAAAAAAAGACGCCAGUAAAGAAGAAUUGGGGCUGGAGGAAGAAAUGAUACCAGAAGAAGAGGCUGGACAAGUAGAUCUGGCUAAAUUGGACAUAAAAGCCGUAGAAGGUGAUGGAAUCCUUGAAGACUCUCCAGCUGACUGCUGUCCAGAACCUUGUUAUCAACGCUUCCCGUUUUUGGCUGGAGAUGAUGAAUCACCAUUUUGGCAAGGAUGGGCCAUGCUGAGACUGAAAACCUUCCGACUUAUUGAAAACACAUACUUCGAAACGGCUGUGAUAACCAUGAUUUUACUCAGUAGUUUGGCUUUGGCUCUAGAAGAUGUCCAUUUACCACAUCGGCCGAUACUUCAAGAUAUCCUCUACUAUAUGGACCGAAUCUUUACUGUUAUAUUUUUCAUCGAGAUGUUGAUUAAGUGGCUUGCCCUUGGAUUCCAGAAAUAUUUCACGAACGCAUGGUGUUGGCUCGAUUUCAUCAUUGUUAUGGUCUCGCUUAUAAACUUCGUAGCGGCGCUUUGUGGCGCCGGUGGCAUUCAGGCGUUCAAAACGAUGAGAACGCUUCGAGCCCUUCGACCGCUCAGGGCUAUGAGCCGCAUGCAGGGCAUGAGGGUGGUAGUGAAUGCUCUGGUGCAAGCGAUACCAUCCAUCUUCAACGUGCUGCUCGUGUGUCUGAUAUUCUGGCUUAUCUUUGCUAUUAUGGGUGUACAACUCUUCGCUGGAAAAUAUUUUAAGUGCGUCGACAUGAACCAUACAACUCUAAGCCAUGAAAUUAUCCCUGAUAGAAAUGCUUGUAUCUUAGAAAACUACACCUGGGAAAACUCUCCAAUGAAUUUUGACCAUGUUGGCAAGGCUUAUUUAUGUCUGUUUCAAGUUGCUACUUUCAAAGGUUGGAUUCAAAUCAUGAAUGAUGCUAUCGAUUCACGAGAGGUUGGUCGACAGCCCAUUCGAGAAACCAAUAUAUACAUGUAUUUGUAUUUCGUAUUCUUCAUUAUUUUCGGCUCUUUCUUCACUCUUAACCUAUUCAUUGGUGUGAUUAUUGAUAAUUUUAAUGAACAAAAGAAGAAAGCAGGAGGCAGUCUUGAAAUGUUUAUGACAGAAGAUCAGAAAAAGUAUUACAAUGCCAUGAAAAAAAUGGGUUCGAAAAAGCCCCUUAAAGCAAUUCCCAGACCAAGGUGGCGACCGCAAGCAAUUGUUUUUGAGAUAGUAACAGACAAGAAAUUUGACAUGAUCAUUAUGUUGUUUAUUGGCCUUAAUAUGUUAACAAUGACCCUAGAUCACUAUCAACAAUCAGAAACAUUUAGUGCUGUGUUGGACUACCUUAACAUGAUAUUCAUCGUAAUAUUUAGUUCAGAAUGCUUACUCAAGAUCUUUGCCCUACGAUACCAUUACUUUGUAGAACCAUGGAAUCUAUUUGAUUUUGUCGUUGUAAUGUUUUCUAUUCUUAGCUUGGUGUUGAGCGAUAUCAUAGAGAAGUACUUUGUUUCACCUACUUUACUCAGAGUCGUAAGAGUGGCAAAAGUUGGUAGAGUACUUCGACUUGUUAAAGGUGCAAAGGGCAUUCGAACAUUACUGUUCGCUCUGGCCAUGUCACUGCCAGCUCUCUUUAACAUUUGUCUGCUGCUGUUCCUUGUAAUGUUUAUCUUCGCUAUAUUCGGAAUGUCAUUUUUCAUGCACGUUAAAGAUAAAGGAGGCCUAGAUGAUGUGUACAACUUCAAAACUUUCGUGCAAAGUAUGAUUCUACUAUUUCAGAUGUCUACAUCGGCGGGUUGGGAUGGUGUAUUAGACGGAAUCAUAAACGAGGAAGAGUGUGAUUUGCCGGACAACGAACGUGGGUCACCUGGCAACUGUGGCUCUGCGACGAUAGGCAUUACCUACUUACUCUCAUACCUAGUGAUCUCUUUCCUCAUCGUUAUUAACAUGUACAUUGCCGUUAUUCUCGAAAAUUAUUCUCAGGCAACCGAAGACGUACAGGAAGGCCUAACUGACGACGACUAUGACAUGUACUACGAGAUAUGGCAGCGUUUUGAUCCCGAAGGAACACAAUACAUCAGAUACGAUCAACUAUCUGAUUUCUUGGACGUUCUCGAGCCGCCUUUACAAAUCCACAAACCUAACAAAUACAAAAUUAUAUCCAUGGACAUACCUAUAUGUCGCGGUGACAUGAUGUUCUGUGUCGACAUCUUAGAUGCGCUCACGAAGGACUUCUUUGCGAGAAAGGGCAACCCCAUCGAAGAACCGGUCGAUGUGGGAAGGCCCGAUGAAGUGGGCUACGAGCCCGUGUCGUCGACUCUAUGGAGACAGCGUGAAGAGUACUGCGCGCGGUUGAUUCAACACGCGUGGCGGAGGCAUCGAAGAGCGCAGUCACCCGGUGGCGGCUCCGCGUCGGGCGCGGAGGGUGGCGGCGCGAGCGGUACGGAGGCGGAAGGCGCCCCCACGGCCGUGCUGCUGGACGCGGGCGCGGGCGGCGCGCACCGCGUGGUGCUGCAGGCAGCGGGGGCGGCGCCGCGCCCGCCCGAACCCGCGCCGCCGCGCGCCCGUCUGACCCGCGCUGGCGCUCGCGCUGCUGCCCGCGCUCGUCGACGAGGCGCCGCUGCCGCUGCCCGCACCGCUGCCCGAGCUCUUGAGCCCACCCAAGCGCACUUAAUUCUUUUUUACGCUAGAUGUUUCGAAUAUGUAGUGUCGGCGGGCGAGCGAAGCGACGCGAGUCGGCGCGCCCGCGCCCUCUCGCGGACGAUAGCCUUGCGCGUGUGGAGACGUGAGCGUUCAUCGGAGUGUUUUAUAUUCGUGUGGCCGAAGCUUGCGAGACGAUUUGUUUUGCGACCGAUGUUCGCAUUUACCGAGUAUAUCUUUUAGUGAUUUACUUUGACGC